GACUCUGGGUGUUGGAAGCUCUUCCUUUGCCAAUAACAGCUCUUAUUCCCAUGGUCCUUUUCCCGCUCAUGGGUGUUCUGAAUUCGAGUAAAACCUCGAUCAGUUAUUUAAAUGAAACGAACAUGAUGUUAGUGGGAGGUCUUAUUAUUGCCAUAGCAGUUGAACAUUGUAAACUGCACACCAGAAUUGCUCUCAACGUUAUUAAUUUAGUGGGGUGCAGCCCCAGAAGACUGAACGUGGGACUUUGCUCGGUCACCAUGUUUAUAUCCAUGUGGAUUUCCAACACAGCAGCUACGGCCAUGAUGAUUCCAAUCAUACAAGCAACACUGGAGUCUCUAGAGAGAGAAGGCGUUAUAGAUAUGUUCGAGAAACAAGAUAAAUCUGAACAGAUAACCGCUCCCGAGGAAGAUCUGGAAAAAGAUGAACAGGAUAAGAGAAGACCCACAAAAAUAACGAUGUGCUAUUUCAUAUCAACAGCCUACGCAGCUUCAAUAGGAGGAAGUGGAUGCGUUAUUGGUUCAGGGACGAAUUUAGCCUUCAAAGGGCUCUAUGAAGCUCGAUUUCCUGAUAGUCCAGGUGUGGAAUUUGAUAAAUGGAUGAUACUGAACGUUCCGAUAAUGUUGAUAACGAUGAUUAUCGGAGUGGUAUGGUUUCAGUUUUAUUUCCUGGGACUUUUCAGACCCAAAUCGGAAGACGCAAAGAAAGUUGAAGUAGGACCAGAAGGACGACUUAUAGCCAAAGGUGUCAUCAGGGACCAUAUAGAAGAACUUGGUCAAAUGUCUGCCCAUGAGAUAUCCGUAGGAAUAUGCUUCGUGCUCUCUAUAUUAUUGUGGUUCUUCCGGAAGCCAGGCUUCAUCAAAGGAUGGGUGGAAUAUUUCACCAGUAUAAAGGUAGGUGACGCUACUGUAGCCAUUUUGGUUGUCAUGAUCCUCUUCCUCGUUCCAUCCAAUCCGAACUUCAUAUAUGCGUUCAGCAAGGAUGAGCAGAAGAGGCCGAAAACAGCGUCCCCGGCGCUACUGACUUGGAAGAUCGUCAACCAGAAGAUGCCUUGGGGCUUAGUCUUCCUGCUGGGGGGUGGUUUCGCGAUGGCGGAUGGAUCAAAGGAGAGCGGCAUGAGUGCCAUGAUCGCGGGAUGGUUGAGAGAAUUCGGUUCUUUGGACAGAAAUUACGUCAUGAUUAUCGCGUGCUGUACGGUAAUUGUAAUCACGCAGAUUUUCUCGAGUAAUGUCGCCUGUGCUACCAUAGUACUUCCGGUUAUGGCAGAUUUGUCAGUGAUUUCCAAGCUACAUCCAAUGUUCCUCAUGAUGCCAUCUUCCCUCUCUUGUUCAUUAGCGUUUUGUUUGCCAGUGUCAACUCCUCCAAACGCGAUUGCUGCUGCACCCUGUAACAUGCCAACCUGGGAAAUGAUGAAAGUUGGAUUUGGGAUGAUUGUUAUAGCUGCUGGGGUACUUUUCUGCAUAUAUCCCUUCUACGGAACACUCAUCUGGGAUUUUGAUACUUACCCGACGUGGGCAGUUUAGAAACUGUUUCAAGUUUCAACCCUUACGCUGGUUAUAUACUUUAAGAUUUAUCAUUUUUUCAAUACAAUUGUUGUUUAUUAAAACCGUUGUGUAUCAA